AUGACUUCUACAGAAGAGGACAAAUUGAUUGAAGACGUCUACUAUAAUUUACAGAAUGGAGCAGCAUAUGCAGGUCCGCAGAAGAUUUACGAGGUUUUGAAGAAAAAGAAAAAGAAUCCACCGGGACUUUAUAAAAUAAGAAAAUGGUUACAAAGCAAAGAUGACUAUACGCUUCAAAAACCCAUUCGAAGACGAUUUAAGACUCCCAGAAUAGUUGUGACAGAACCAUUGGAAAUGUUUGACGCCGACCUUGCAACUUUAAGUUCAAUUUCUUCCUUUAACGACAACUUUCAACACUUGUUAAUCGUUAUUGAUUGUUUUAGUCGUUAUCUAUGGGUGGAAGCAUUGCAAACUAAAACAGGGAAUGAAGUGUUAAAAGCGUUUCAAAAAAUAUUUGAACGAAGCAACUUCCCGAAGAAGUUAAGGACAGAUUCGGGCGGUGAAUUUUCCUUUACAGGUCUAAAGCGGUUUUUGAAGAGCAAGAAUGUCUACCAUCAUUUUGCUUUAAACUCUACAAUUAAGGCCAGUCUCGCUGAACGUGUGAUAUUGACGCUGAAAAGAAAUAUUUUUCGAUUUCUAACGAAAGAAAGAACUAAUCGUUAUAUAGACAAAUUACAGGAUUUUGUUGCCAGCUAUAAUAACACUCCUCAUUCUUCCCUGGGAAAUAUUGCUCCCUCAAAUAUUGAUGAUGAAAAAGAUCAAAAGGGGUGGUUGGAGAACAAAAAAGACAGAGAGCUCCGAAGAAGAAUCAGAUGA